AUCAGCAAAGGGAGCCUAAGUUUUCCUCUACCCUUCUUCCUUUCUGCUUGUGCAGAGCACCUCUUUUGUGGACACACACAGAAAACAUAUCCUUGGGAGUAGGCUUUUGGAAAGGAGGAAUCAGAGUGGAGUUCCCAUCAUGAGGUGGGUGUGCCAUAUGAAACCAAGCUGAUACUAUAUUCCUUGCCAUCAUCAACUGUGUAGGUUUAUGAAGACAAGCAGUCAUCCAACAGUGAUAUAUGAUGGGUGUGCCAUAUGAAACCAAGCUGAUACUAUAUUCCUUGCCAUCAUCAACUGUGUGGGUUUAUGAAGACAAGCAGUCAUCCCACAGUGAUAUAUGUGUCAUCCACUCAUGGGCUUGUCGUCAUCGUCACCAUCUCCUCUGUCGCUUCUCUGCCUUCUGUGCGCCGCCUCUCUUCUCCUCGUUGUUAAUGGCCUGAACGGCGAAGGCACCGCACUCCUCUCCUUCAAGGCUGGCAUCAGGGAGGACCCCAGUGGCUCCCUUGCAAGCUGGAACUCUUCCGACCAGGACCCCUGCUCCUGGAACGGGAUCACCUGCAGGGGUGUCUCGGUGGUCGCUCUAAGCCUGCCGAAGAAGAAGCUGGUAGGCUACCUCCCCUCUGCUCUCGGCUCCCUCCGAUCUCUGAGGCACGUCAACCUUCGGAACAACAGGCUCUUCGGCAACCUCUCCGCCGGCCUCUUCGCCGCCCGUGGGCUACAAAGUUUGGUCCUUUACGGGAAUUUCUUGUCCGGGUCGCUCCCGCCGGAGAUCGGCCAGCUUCUGUACCUUCAGAACUUGGACCUUUCCGGCAACCUGUUCGCCGGCUCGUUGCCGACCUCUUUGAUCCAGUGCAAGCGGUUGAAGGCCCUCGUCCUGAGCCACAACAACUUCACCGGUCCUUUGCCCCUUGGUUUCGGUAGUAGCCUUGCUGGGUUGGGGAAGCUCGAUCUUUCUUACAACGGAUUCGAUGGUCCGAUUCCGAGUGACGUCGGUAAUCUUACUAGGCUUCAAGGAACCCUGGAUUUGUCCCACAACCGGUUCUCUGGCUCGAUCCCGCCGAGCCUUGGAAAUCUGCCGGAGAAGGUCUACAUCGAUCUCACCUAUAACAAUCUCAGCGGGCCGAUACCCCAAAAUGGGGCUCUGGAGAACAGAGGACCGACGGCUUUCAUCGGAAAUCCGGACCUUUGUGGCCCGCCGUUGAAGAACCUGUGUCCUUCCGAAGCGCCGCCGUCGAAUCCCUUCCUCCCCAACAAUUAUUCGCCUCCGGCACCUGAGGGAAAUGGCACUUAUAAUGGAAACAGCAGCAAAGGUGUGAGUAAAGCUGCAAUUAUUGCGAUUGUGGUGGGCGAUGUGGUCGGAAUUGUUCUUAUUGCAUUGGUGUUCUUUUACUUUUACUGCAAGGCAACUGCUUCACUCGGCGUCAAAGAAGAUGGAGGGAAUUCUGACACAAGGUUGAAGGGCAGGAAACAAUGUAUGUGCUUUAGGAAGGAGGAAUCAGAGACCUUAUCGGAUAACAUCGAGCAGUAUGAGCUAGUGCCAUUGGAUAGGCAUGUGACCUUUGAUCUUGAUGGACUUUUGAAGGCGUCCGCGUUCGUCUUGGGGAAGAGCGGGAUCGGUAUCGUCUACAAGGUUGUGCUGGACGACGGACCGACUUUGGCUGUGAGGAGGCUGGGGGAAGGAGGAUCACAAAGGUUCAAAGAGUUCCAAACCGAGGUGGAAGCAAUUGGAAAGGUUCGACAUCCUAAUAUUGUUACCCUGAGAGCUUAUUACUGGUCGAUCGAUGAGAAGCUGCUUAUCUAUGAUUAUAUUCCUAAUGGCAGCCUCUCUGCUGCUAUUCAUGGGAGAGCUGGAACAAGGAAUUCGGAACCACUGUCAUGGGAAGUACGCUUAAAGAUCAUGAAAGGAAUAGCAAAGGGCUUGGCUUUCUUGCAUGAAUUCAGUCCGAAGAAGUAUGUUCAUGGCGAUCUCAAGCCUAAUAAUGUGCUACUCGGACUGGAUAUGGAACCCUACAUAUCUGAUUUUGGGGUCGGACGUCUGGCAAACAUUGCAGGAGGAUCUCCAUUUUUGCAGUCGGACAGAAUAGCCGUUGAGAAAACUCAGAGCCAACAAUCAGAUGUUGCAUUCGGUCCCGUCAUAAGUAGGGGAUCAUGUUAUCAGGCUCCUGAGGCAUUGAAGACCCUGAAACCAUCUCAAAAAUGGGACGUUUACGCAUAUGGAGUGAUUCUAUUAGAACUGAUCUCUGGCAGGUCUCCACUAGUUCUUUUGGAGACCAUGGAAAUGGACUUGGUCUGCUGGAUUCAGUUUUGUAUCGAAGAGAAAAAACCCCUCUUGGAUGUGUUGGACCCUUUUCUAGCUCAGGAAUUGGAUAGAGAAGAUGAAAUUAUCACAGUGCUGAAAAUUGCCCUGGCUUGUGUUCAAGUUGAUCCUGAAAAGAGACCAUCAAUGAGGCAUGCCACCGAUACCAUCCAAAGAUUGAUCAACAAGAACUAGAGAUGCUCACUACAACCGCAAAGAUUGCAGCUCAUAUAUAAUUAUUAUUGCACUGUCGAUCAUUGUAAGAGUUCAUUCUGCAACAUUGUCUUUGUUCGAAUCGCCAACCCGUCGAACCAUCACGGCAUUCCAACAUAAGCGAAGCCUACCAAUCUUUGUUGUUGGUUGCUCCAAAAAAGACAUCUUUGCUUAGAUUAUCAUGCAUCGAAGCUAUUAUCACUGCAUCUUCACUUUGGAGCUUGCAGCAGUUUGUUUGUAUUGGUGUUGUACUGAGAUUGUGUUACUUAUCAACAUAGGAGAAAUAUGGUCCAGUGGAAGAAAAUGUUUGUGAUCUCAUGAUAAACUCUUUGCUCGAUUGUAUGGUCUGACUCAUUGGCCUGCCUUUCUGUUCACCACUAAACCUUUUAGGCAUAGGGUGAGGCUGUCUUGAGAAUCUUUAUCUUAGGCUCAUGUCCCAUCUGUUGUCAUGAUGACUGGAACUCCAUUCAUUUUAUGGCUAAAGGACACCAAUCAACCAGGCUUGCAGGAUACCCCAUGAGACCUCGAUAGAGCAUGAUGUUUCCUCUUGGGGCUCACCAUCAGAGGCCAUGUUUGGACCAGCAACAAAAUGUUGGAGACUGCUCAUUUGUCUCAAGGGUUGCAAGUUUUCCUGGUUUUCUUGUCUGGAUUCCAGCACCAUGUUCUUUGUGAGACCAGUGUGGGAAAGUGAUCUGAGAUGGGGCAGAAUCCUAGAUGAUUGUUGUGUUCUUGUAUUUGGAACACUAGAAU